GUCCGUCAGUGUUCCCGGUGAGGACUCGCAGUGACUGUGUCCCGUUGGACUGAGGACAGAUCUGGAUAGACUCGGACCUGUGUCUCUGUAUCCCAGGCUGCGUCGUGGUCCGGCUCGGCUCGGCUCGGCUCGGUCUCCCUGUCCCGGGUCGGACCGACAUGACGCGGGAGUUAAACCAGACUGGAGCGCGUGGGACGAGGCUGUGAACGAGAGGACAGCCGCGUGCACGGCACGCUUGUCCGUGAAGAUUCAAUGAAACAUAAAGAUGGAAAACCUACUGAGUCAGGUAAUAUGUGCGUGUGUGCUGCUGAGCGGACACGUUGCUCCAGCGGAGUUAACCUGCGAAACACUGAUCCUGCUGUCGACCAACCUGACAGCGAGAGCGUUGGCGUUUCUGAACCAGACGUUCACCAUCAGUAACAUCUCAGGUGUUUACUGUGACCUGUCUGUGGACGGUAUAGGAACCUGUUGGCCUCGCAGUGCAGCUGGAGAGCUGAUCUCCAGACCCUGUCCUGAACAGUUCAACGGCAUCCACUACAAUACCACCAACAGAGUGUACAGAGAGUGCCAGUCUAACGGCAGCUGGGCUCCUCGAGGAAACUACAGUCAGUGCACCGAGAUCAUCAUCCUGAGGAAGACGAAGGUCCAUUAUCAGGUCGCUGUGAUCAUAAAUUAUCUGGGUCACUGUAUCUCUCUGGGAGCUCUGCUGCUGGCCUUCACUCUAUUCAUGAGACUCAGGAGUAUCCGCUGCCUGAGGAACAUCAUCCACUGGAACCUGAUCUCUGCGUUCAUCCUGAGGAACGCCACCUGGUUCAUCGUCCAGCUGACCAUGAACCCCGCUGUCACCGAGAGCAACCAGGUGUGGUGCAGGUUGGUGACAGCAGGUUAUAAUUAUUUCCAUGUGACGAACUUCUUCUGGAUGUUUGGUGAAGGGUGUUACCUGCACACCGCCGUCGUCCUCACCUACUCCACCGACAAGCUCAGGAAGUGGAUGUUCAUCUGCAUCGGCUGGGGUAUUCCAUUUCCCAUCAUCGUGGCAUGGGCUUUCGGGAAACUUUACUACGACAACGAGAAGUGCUGGUUUGGAAAGAAGGCGGGUGUUUAUACAGACUACAUCUACCAAGGUCCCAUGAUCCUCGUCCUACUGAUCAACUUUGUUUUCCUGUUCAACAUUGUCCGGAUCCUCAUGACCAAACUGAGGGCAUCGACCACCUCAGAGACCAUCCAGUACAGGAAGGCGGUGAAGGCGACUCUAGUGCUGCUGCCUCUGUUAGGUAUCACCUACAUGCUGUUCUUUGUGAAUCCUGGAGGAGAAGAUGAGGUCGCUCAGAUCGUCUUCAUCUACUUCAAUUCCAUCCUGGAGUCCUUCCAGGGUUUCUUUGUCUCUGUUUUCUACUGUUUUCUCAACAGUGAGGUGCGCUCUGCGGUCAGGAAGCGUUGGAUUCGUUGGCAGGACCGUCACUCCUUCCGGAGCCGGACAGUGCGCGCCACGUCACUGCCCACCUCACCAAGCAGAGUAUCCUUCCACAGCAUCAAACAGUCCUCAAACCUCUGACAGCGCUGAACUCACUCAACCUGUGAUGUCACUCCACGAUCAGGUCACAACAGCCAAUCACAGUGCAGGACAGUUUGUGGAGUCAAUCAGACAGUCUUGACUCUGGCCCCGCCUCUCUUCAUGUGUUGACCAAUCAGCUACUUCCACUGGAUGACGGACUGGUUUCAGGCCCCUGUCUAUAAUUAAUAAUAUUUAUUUAUUUAUUUAUUUUUUAUUUAUUGAUCAGUGAACUGUAACUGUCUGUUAAUAUGAUCACCAGCUUCCUCCUGUUUAACAGAGCUAACAACAAACACACACACAAACGUUCGCUUGCUGGUUGCUUGGUAACCAUCUGACCCACAGACUGUAAAUAAAGAUAGACGACGUGUCUCCGUCUCCUCCUUCAGCUAAAAUAUCUAGAUACAGUCCAUGUCGAGUUCAUGCCCACAUACACAUUCAACCAAUAACGGGCAGCACCACUGAUGACGAGCACACCGAUUGGCUCGCACAGCUGCCAGUCGUGACAUCACUCCAACUUUUAACAUCAGAUAACAAAUUAAAACCAUUUGAACAUCAGCGUGAUGAGAACGACCUGAACCGACCCUCAGCUGGCAUGGAGGGCCGGGGCGUAUGACAGUCAGCCAGCAGGGGGCCGUCCAGAUGUUUUUGCUGUCAUGUGAUUGUUUUUAUUUACAGUCUGUGGUCUGAAUGUUUCAUCUGAGCCGUCAAAACUACGACUCAGCAACAGGAUGAAAAAUAAAACUUUAAAUGUCACCAAACAGGAAGUCAGUCCGUCGUCACUGACGUCCUGUUAUUGUCGUCACUAACGUCCUGUUACUGUCAUCGCUGACGUCCUGUUACUGUCGUCACUAACUUUCUGUUACUGUCGUCACUUACGUCCUGUUACUGUCAUCGCUGACGUCCUGUUACUGUCGUCACUAACUUUCUGUUACUGUCGUCACUUACGUCCUGUUACUGUCAUCGCUGACGUCCUGGUCCUGUCGUCACUAACUUUCUGUUACUGUCGUCACUUACGUCCUGUUACUGUCAUCGCUGACGUCCUGUUACUGUCGUCACUAACUUUCUGUUACUGUCGUCACUUACGUCCUGUUACUGUCGCCGCUGACGUCCUGUUACUGUCGUCACUAACUUUCUGUUACUGUCAUCACUUACGUCCUGUUACUGUCGCCGCUGACGUCCUGUUACUGUCGUCACUGAUGAGCCAACAGAAGAAGAAGAAGCAGACCGAGAUUUCAACAGAAACCCUGAAGCACAAACAGCAGGAUGACACCAGGGGGCACUGCAACAACACGUAACAACUAAUUAUUAAACACAUGUUAAAUUCUGACAGAAUGUUUUGUGAAUCACUGAACUCAGACGGAGAUCUGCGAGCGUCAUGAUGAAACCCAGGAAGUUGUCUUUAAUAUGCUGACGAUGUGUUUUUGUAUAUUUAAUAUGAAUAUUUGCACUUUGAUGAGACAAACUGAACAAACAGCUGUAGAUUUUCUGCACAGGUAAACUCCUCACCUGUCCUGAGGUAAACAGGCCAGUUUAUGGCCCCACAGUAGAACUAACUGUAACCAUAGCAACCACAGUAACGAUAGUUACCAUAGUUACCACAAUAACCAUAGUAUAGGUAGGAAGUGUAGGUCUGUAGAUGAAAACACUCAGGAUGAAACACACACUGCUCCUCUUCCUCCUCUUACCUGAACUUAUCUUUAUUGUUAUGCCUGUGUGUGUGUGUGUGUGUGUGUGUGUGUGUGUGUGUGUGUGAAUAUUAAUUAAAGGCAUUAAUAAUACCAGCUGGAGAAAUCUUGAUGAUUUUAGUUUUUGUAAAUAUUUGAUGGGCGGCUGCCGUCUGUAUCUGCUGGUAUCUAAUAAACUCGU